AUGCUCAUCGGAAUCUGCGGCGGCAUAUGCGCCGGCAAGAAGACCGUCGCCAAGUACUUGGUCGAGCACCACGGCUUCAAACUUCUUCGUCUGGAGGACCCUUCAUCAAGUCCACCGCGGAAUGAGACUCCGGCAUACAAUGCUCCGCAAGUACCGGAGCCGGAGUUCGCACCAUCCACCACCGGCAACGACGAGUCGGAAGCUCAGCAGCAGACUUCAUCCAACAAGAAGAGCAAGAAGAAGAAGGUUCCUGUUUGCUUCAUCUGCAAACAAAAGGGCCAUGUUAAAACAGACUGCCCCCUCCCAAACCAGGAGACUGCCAUCGCCGUCAACGGCAACAGACCUGAAAGCCCGGCGAGAGAGGCUAGUCAGUCAUAUAUGGUCGGCACCUACUCCAUAGUGUCGAGGAACUCCCAUCCUCACCCACCACCCACCAAUGGCUUCCACGCCCCAGCCUCCAACGAACUUGCUUUUGCCUCCGCCGAGGCCCUUCUGGACUACGUCACAACCCGCUGGCAGUCCCGCUUCGUCACGACUGAUGUGCACAACGAGGCCAUUCUCGACACCCUCUCUCGCCGCCCCUUCUUCAUGCUCAUCUCCGUCGACGCCCCCUUGACUAUCCGACACGCCCGCUUCCGUGCUCUGCACAACCCUCACUGCACCCUCGAGUCCUUCGCCCUCGCCUCAGAUAGCCACCUCUACGACCCGCAUGAGGGCCUGCAACCCCUCAUCUCCCGCGCCACCGUCCGCCUUCUCAACACGUCGUCCUCUCUCGCCCACUUGUACGCUACCCUCGGUAAGCUGCAGCUCGCCGACCCGGUCCGUCUGCGGCCCAGCUGGGACGCCUACUUCAUGUCUCUCGCGGAGCUCGCCUCGCUACGUUCAAACUGCAUGAAGCGCCGCGUCGGUGCGGUGCUUGUUGGCCGCGAGAAGCGUGUCAUUUCCACGGGCUACAACGGCACGCCCCGCGGUCUGCAGAACUGCUCUGAUGGCGGCUGCUCGCGGUGCAACUCGGGAAACUCGUCCGGUGUCGGCCUGGCAACAUGUUUGUGCAUCCACGCCGAGGAAAACGCGCUGCUGGAGGCGGGGCGCGAGCGUAUCCGUGAAGGCGCCGUGCUAUACUGUGAUACAUGCCCGUGCCUAACCUGCAGCAUCAAGAUCUGUCAAGUUGGCAUCGAGGAGGUGGUGUAUGCUCAUGGUUACAGCAUGGACACGGAAACGGCGGCGGUGUUCGCGCAGGCGGGAGUCAGGCUGAGGCAAUAUAUUCCGGCGCCAAACGGUUUGAUCCACCUUGAAAACCUGGAAAACUUGGAGCUCUAUUAA